UUUUUGACUUAUUGAAGGUUGAAGCUCUCUGACACUUCACAUGUUCAUACAGACAACACCAGACCCACAACCAAACAAUCAUCCCUACCCCUCACAUGGAAGUUUGAACAUUGCUCAUUGCUCAUUUCAAUUCUCUCAUUAUUUAUUAUUAUUUUUUUUAUUUAUUUUCAAUUCCAUAACUAACCUAUCCUUUUACAUUGCUCUGUCCAUAUCACCCUCACCAUUUGUUCCUAUAUGCUUCCUUUCACUUUUCCUCAAAGUUUACAGAUAAAAGGGUAGAAACUCCCAAAACACACAACCGUUUCUCUGGGUUUGUUGCUGUGGCUUUGUUUGCAUUGCAUUACCAAAGUUUCCAUCUUUAUUGGAGGAAAUUGAUUGGAUUUGAAUAAUAUUAAUGGGUCUGUUGAAUCUUUGAGAUUGAGUGAGAGAGAAAUUGGGAUUAGGGUUUGAAAGUUGAAGUCCUGUAUUGCCUGCCAAGUGUUUGUGUUUUUGUCUGAGAGAAAAAAAGUUGACUUUUUUUCAACUUUUUUGGUUUGCAUUGAUUGAUUUGAGCUCCAGGUUUGUUGGGAUCAUCAUUAUUAUCACACUGCUGGUUGUUGAAGAAUAUUAAUGGCUGCAAAGCUUUUGCAUUCACUAACAGAUGAUAACCCUGAUCUACAAAAGCAAAUUGGAUGCAUGACUGGUGUUUUUCAGCUCUUUGACCGCCAUCAGAUCGUUACCGGAAGGCGGUUUCCGGCCCACAGCCCGAAAAGGCUUCCUCCUGGCAGUCCACAAUUCGACAACCGAACGCCUGAAAGUGAGUCAAGUAACUCACAUCAGAGACAAUAUAUUGUGGAAGCACAUUCAAACAAGAUUGUACAAGACAAGAACAAUAGGGCAUCAACCGAAUCAUCUCGAGACUCUUUCUCGUCAAUGUCUCGUUCGUCGUCCUUCUCAUCUUUGGAUUGCAAUGUUAAUAGAACAAAUCAUCAAGAACCCGAUGCGGUUGUGUUUCCAGACACCCCUUCGAGAGACACUCUAACACGCCAAUCUUGUGGCUCUCGUUUAAGCGUUGACCUUCGAGACGUGGUCAAAGAUUCAAUGUACAGAAACAAACCUACCGCCAAAGAUGAGGUACCUGACCAUGUGAUGAACUAUCGAGAGUCACUCGAUGCUCUUGCUAAAUUUCAAGAGUGCGGUUGGUAUCAUAACGAACCCCGAGAACUUACUAGAUCAAAAUCUUACCAAAUUAGAGACGGGCCGUCGUUUUCGGUACCAAAAGAUUGUCCUCGGUUUUCUUACGAUGGGAGGGAAACAAACCGUUUAUCGUUUCAAUCACGGGAUAUUUCAAAAUCGAUCGGUACAAAGCAGCUUGAAGAGCCACCAAGACUUUCUCUAGACGGAAAAGAAAGUUCAACCCAUAGUUUAAGAAACCCGAAAAGCGAUGAUGUCAUCACUUCUAACCGUGGCACGAUGCAGUCACGGCCACCGAGCGUUGUAGCCAAGUUAAUGGGCUUGGAGGCUUUGCCGGAUUCUGCAUCGGGCAAGCAAAAGGAACCGGUUUUGGGCCCGAUCAGAACUUCGCGAGUCGAGGAUCUAAACUUGUUGUCGAAAUCUUUGAAACCAGUUGAUAUUUUCGGUCCGAUCAAAAUGCAUGGUUCUUCAAGAAGCUCGCCGAGGGAACCGACGUCACCGUUAUGGAGGAACUCUGACAUGAAGCCGAUUUCAAAGUUUCCGAUCGAACCCGCUCCGUGGAAACAACGGGAUGAUGCUAGAAGUCCGCAGAGAUCCGUUUCUCGUGCUAGUAGAUCACCGACAAAAAUACAUAGCUCAUACUCUUCUGUUUACAGUGAAGUCGAUAAACGACUGAAGGAUCUUGAAUUUACGCAAUCUGGAAAGGAUCUUAGAGCUCUUAAACAGAUAUUAGAGGCAAUGCAGUCGAUAGAAGCCCGUAAGGAAGAAACGCAAACUGUAGCGAAACGACAAACCGUUGCUACUCAAAAUGAACGAUUUUCGGACCGUCAAAACGCUAGGGGAUCAGAUAGUUUGCGGGUUUAUGAGUCUCCGAUCGUCAUCAUGAAACCCGCUAAGCUUGUUGAACGAUCUGGUAUUCCCGUUGAAGAUAUUCCGACUGAUGACAGAAAGGUUUUCACAAAUUAUAUUCCGAAAAGUACACGUAGAGAGAAUACGGUCCAUGUUCAUGAAGUCAAAAGUGGAGGAAGACAUACAAGGAAUGCAGUCAACGCACCGGGUUUGACCAAGCAACAACAGUCGGCGAAAGAAACCGCUACAACUUCAGGAAAAAGCGCAGCGUCGGUCAGCCCGAGAUUACAACAGAAGAGGCCUGAGUUAGAGAGGCGGUCACGGCCGCCCACUCCGCCAGCGGAUUCCGGUAAAUUGAGAAAACAGUCAGCCAAACAGAUUUCGGAGUCAAGUUCCCCUGGUGGACGACGAAGGUCAAAGUAUUCGAACAUUCAGCAACAUGAUGGUCAACUUCAUGAGGUCAAUGGCGAGUCAAAGAAGUCGAGUUACAAAACUCAAGUGUCUGAAGGGGUCACCACUCCUGAAUCUUCUAAAGAAAAUGAAAACAGACAGAGUCCUAGCUCAAUACAAGAGAAAUCAACUUUGCUUCGGAGGGAGGAUGAAUCAGUUGACCCGGAAUACCCAAGUCCAGUUUCUGUUCUCGAUGAUGGAGUUUAUAUAGAUGAUUCGCCUUCAUCUGUGAAACAUAUGUUGAAGACGCUCAAAGGUAAAGAUCAGUGGGAAUCACCAGAGCAUGUCAUUUCCGACACACUAUCUUCAGGCGUUGCUUCCGAUAUUAACCGUAAAAAGCUACAAAAUAUUGAAAAUCUGGUUCAGAAACUCACAAGGCUCAACUCGACUCACGAUGAAGCACACACCGAUUACAUUGCAUCUCUCUGUGAAAACACAAAGCCCGAUGACCGGUAUAUAUCCGAGAUCCUAUUAGCUUCCGGGCUCCUACUAAGAGACCUCGGGUCAAACCUCACCACCUUCCAGUUCCACUCUUCGGGCCACCCGAUUAACCCUGAGCUAUUUCUAGUAUUGGAACAAACCAAAUUCAGCAAUACACCCGAAAAGAUCAUAAAAAAGGAAAAAUUCCACAGGAAGCUUAUUUUCGACGCUGUUAAUGAGAUUCUCGCAGGGAAGUUAGCUUUAGCGGUUCCUUUUCAGAAGUCUUUUAAGCUCGUGAAGAAGACGUUGAAUGGACAAAAGCUUUUGAGGGAUUUAUGUUUAGAGAUAGAACAGUUACAAGCGAAAAAGAAUAAGGAAAACAUCAGUUUAGAGGAGGAAGACGACGGGUUGAAAAGUGUUUUAUGGGAGGAAGUAUUGAAUCGCGCAGAAAGCUGGACCGAUUAUGACGGUGAGUUACCGGUUCUUGCAUUGGAGGUUGAAAGAUUAAUUUUUAAAGAUUUGGUUAAUGAAGUUGUUUUGGGUGAGGCUGCUGAUGGUAGGCGGAUUAAGCCCGGAAGACGUUGCAGACAGUUGUUUUCAAAGUAGUGUUUUUUGUUGUUGAAAUUCGGUUUUCUUUUCGGGUUCUGUUUCAGAUACAUUGUUUUUUUUUCUACAUCUUGAUUUCGGGUUUUUGUAUGUAAAAGUUUAAGUGAAGGCGGUAUGACAGCCUUGUAUUGAUUUGGUGGAUAUUAACAUUUACCUACAUGAAUUUAUAGGUUGUUUUUCUGGGCA